AUGGACAUUGACGACAUUCUUCGGGAAGUGGACCCGAUUUUCCAUGACAUCCCACAAGAACAGCGCGAUCUCCAAGAGCUGACCCGCGCCUGGGUCGCCGAAAGAUCCGCUCCAGAGCUGCUUCCCUGGCCCGCCAACGGGCUCUUCGAGCGCAUCAACGCCAACAUCAAGACGCAAAUCGAAAAAGUCGAAGAACUCACCGGCGACAUGGACCCCAAGACCAACUUCGCUCUAAUUGUCAUUCAGACCGAGCUCGAGCGCUAUCGCUACCUGGUGCGCAGCUACCUGCGUGCGCGCCUGGCCAAGAUCGACCGCCACGCGCUGCACUACCUGUCGACCGACGCCCUGCGCGCCCGCCUGUCCGACGCCGAGCUGGCAUACGCGACGCGCCAUCAGGCCCUGCUGCACAACCACUACCUGUCGUCGUUCCUGUCGUCGUUCCCCGCCAACCUGCAAAAUCUCAACGACUCGGCAGCUGGAAUCAGCAUGAUUGAGACGCCCGACCUCGAGUCGGCCGUGUUUAUCCGAUUGCUCAAGGACACGCCCGUCGAAGGCCGUGGGGUGGACGCCGACGGGGCCAUGGAUGGCCGGGAGAGCGAUAUUGUCAUCUUGAGGUGGUCGGAUGCGAAGCCGCUGGUGGAGGCGGGGAGCGCCGAGUUGGUUUGA